AUGAAUCUCGGCCGAGGAACUGUUCCAUCUACGCCACAGAUGUCUGGGGCCGCGGUGUACGAUAACGCGACAUUUGGCGCAAAAAUGCUGAGAUUCGGGAGGAUUUAUUGGCGAUCGAUAGUGGUCUGCGUCAUGCCGAUAGCGCUUCUUCCUCUAAUUUUGGUUUACAAAACUCGGUCCGCCCGAUGCGGCUUCGUAAUCCUGCUGAUGGGCAGCUACUGGGCGACGGAAGCGAUGCCCAUGGCGGUGACGUCGUUGCUGCCGCUCGCCCUCUUCCCGGUGUUCGGCGUGCUCGACUCGGCGACCACGUGCCAGUGCUACGUCAACGACACGAUCAUGAUGUUCGUCGGCGGGCUCAUAUUCGCCAUCGCCAUCGAGCACAGCAAGCUGCACGAGCGCAUCGCCCUCAGGAGCAUGAUCGCCUUCGGCUGCAACCACAAGCGACUGCUCGGCGGUCUGCUCUGCGUCACGACCUUCCUCUCCAUGUGGAUCAGCAACACCGCCUGCACGUCCAUGAUGGUGCCCAUCGUAUUCGCCGUGCUGUUCGAGCUCGAGAAGGAAGGUCUUGGAAAAGUUUUCGAGAGUAAUGCUGACGAUCCGGACGAGUUUCCGGAACCGACCCAAGUGACGAAAGCCUACCUGCUGGGCACAGCCUACGCGUCGACGUUUGGAGGCACCGCCACCAUAAUCGGCACCGGGGCCAAUCUCGCGUUCAAGGGCAUCUUCGAGGAUUCUUUUCCCGAUUCGCCCGGUAUCGACUUUGGCCAAUGGAUGAUCUGGGCUCUGCCUCAAACCGUAAUCAACGUUGCCCUCACCUGGUUCUACAUGCUUUUCUUCUACAUGGGCUGGUUAAGACCCAACAGCGUCGACGCUCGAAACGCCGAGAUCGGACCCGAAGGCAUGCGAGUAGCCAAAAGGAUCAUCCGUGAAAAAUACAGCAGCUUGGGUAAAAUGAACUUUCACCAAAUCGCCGUCGGAAUUCUUUUCUUGCUCUGCAUCUUUCUUAUGUUCUUCCGCUCGCCUGGAUUCAUCAGUGGUUGGGCCGACAGACUACCAGUUGACGUGGAAAUUAAAGAAUCGACUUCUCUCAUGUUAGUGGCUAUUCUCCUGUUCGUUAUACCAAAAGACCUGGCUUUUAUUCAUGCUUUCAGCAAAAAUGCUACUAUAAGGCCACGCAAACCUUCAGACGCCUUAGUAUCAUGGAAAGUAGUUGAAGAAAAAGUUCCUUGGAGUCUCAUGUUCAUAUUUGGUGGUGGUUUUGCAAUUUCAAAGGGCAGUUUAGAAUCAGGACUAUCACAAAAAAUUGGUGAUUCAAUGGAAGAACUUUUUGGUCUACCUCCCUUUGCCUUACUGAUUGUAGUUUGUAUACUCAUGAGUGUGGUUACGGAAUUUACAUCUAAUAUAGGAGUUGCUAAUAUUAUACUACCAAUUAUUGCUGAAAUGAGUGUGCGGGCAAAAAUACAUCCACUAUAUUUCAUGAUUCCUGCAACCCUCGUAGUUUCACAUGCAUUCAGAUUCCCUACUGGAACCCCUCCAAAUGCUAUUGUAUUGGCAGCUGGACACAUACGAAUCAAAAGUCUUGUAAUUGGUGGCUGCGGAGUGGCUACUUAUGGCCCAAUUGUAGUUAUACUUUUAUUUAUUACGUGGGGUAGAUUUAUUUAUAAGACCGAUGUUUACCCAGAUUGGGCUGAUAGUUACAAAAAGAUAAAUUGAUUUUCAUUUUAUAAAAAGAUAGAAGGAAAGUUUUUGACAUAAAAUAGAUAACUAAAAUUAGAAUUCAAAAAUUAAAAUUUUAAUGAAAGUUACGAUAUUUUAAAUUAGUUAUUAUGCAUG